GAAGUACACUCGGUCAGCCCGUGUUAUGUUGUACAGAAGACACGUGUGAGUGUUUACCAACACCUGAGCUACACCAAGAAGGAGAAAUACUAGCCCAUCACCAUGAAGUGUAAAUGCCUAGUGGUAGACACGGCAGCGUUUGUGAAGAAUGUGUCAUUGUGGGAGUAUGGAGAAGAACUAUAUAGCCUGCCAGAGGUUAUUGAGGAGAUCCGUGACAAGCAAACAAAAGAACGCCUGGAAGCUAUGCCCGUAGCUAUCACCAUGAGACAACCUAAGCCACAAUCACUGAAGUUUGUUAAUGAAUUCUCCAAGAAGACUGGGGAUUAUGCCAGCCUCUCAUUACCAGACAUGAAGGUGUUAGCCCUAACAUAUGAACUGGAGGUUGAAACCCGAGGAGGAGCUGAACACCUUCGGACAGAGCCUCAGAAAAUCAUCACUGAGGGAGCUGCCAAGAAGGGCACUAACACUGCCCCACCCACUACUGAGGGCUUCUACCUCCCAAAAGCACAGUGUGAAGAAUGUGCGUCUGCCUCCUCUGGCAUCUCAUCCAGGUCAUCAUCACCAGAUGACACAAACUUUGAAAAUGGUCUCUCAGAGUUGUUACCUUCAGAUCCUUCAUUACCCAACUUUAAUGUGUCUUCUUCCCAAGUGCCAAACAUCUGUUGGCAGCAUUUGGUGUUAAUAAAUAGCUUCCUGGAGGAACACAGUUACAUAAGUGGUCAUGUCCCUACGGGUAAAGACUUCAUGUUCCAUACUGCCCUUACAAGGACAUACCCUCAGUUUUGUUCCAUUGAAGCUAUCGCCAAUUGCAAAAGUUCUGAAGACAUAAAAACGGUACAUGAAAACAAGGUUUGCCCCUUUCUCUCCACCUUUCCCUGUAUUAGAAGAUGGGCAUUACAUGCUUCAUCUUUCACUGAAGAAGAAAGAACACUAUAUCCUUGUUCCAGUCUCUCCCUAGAGGAGCUUCUUCAUGACUUUGAAGAAAUAGGACAGCAAAUGGAGGAGGAAAAGCCGGUACAGCCAGACCAGGAGGGUGAGGAGGAGCCUCCACAUUCUGAUGCCCCAGCAGAACCAGCACCUGUGGAUGUAAGCUCUCUUUCUCUCUCACAACAAUCUGAAACAGCUGAUCACACUGAGGAAGGUGAAAGCCAUCCAAAAGAGCUGAUUGACACUCAUCUUGCUGAAGAGGAUGGUGAUGAUGAGGAGAGUGAUGUAGAUGAUGACAAUGCUUCAGAAGAUGAGAGUGAUGAUGAUGGGUGGAUAACUCCUUCAAACUUAAAGAAACACAGACUUAAAAACAACCCAUUCCAAUAUGCAUGUGAAGAGGAACCAGAGGAAGAUGUCCAGGUUGCUUGCAUGACGGCAGACUUUGCGGUCCAGAAUGUACUGAAGCACAUUGGAUUAUCAGUAAUGGGUGUUGAUGGUUUGCUGAUAAAACAUUUAAAAACAUUUAUCCUGAGGUGCCAUGCCUGCUUCAAAACUACUUCUAUCAUGACAAAGAUCUUCUGUCCUAACUGUGGCAACAAGACCUUGAAGAAAGUGUCUGUGACGUUGAACCCUGACGGCUCACAGAAAAUAUGGAUCAACACAAAGAAACAAAUAAACAUAAGAGGCAUGAAGUACUCAUUGCCAACUCCUAAAGGUGGUAAGCAUGGGAGGAACCCCAUAUUGGUGGAAGAUCAACGAGAGGCAAAGAGAUUCUCCAGUAAGAUGAGCCGUAAGAAAAUUAAUCCCCUCCAUGAAGACUUUGAUCCACAUCAUAUACCGUUUGCAGUACAUGAUGUAUAUUCCCGUGCUGCUCAGUUGGGCUACAUUGCUGGCAAGAACCAUUAUCAUCACUACUGGGAAAAGAGGAACCCUAAUGAGCCAAAAAGAACAACUGGCAAGAAGAAAAAGAAUCCUGCUUAAUAAAGAUGUUACUUUUAAA